GGACAAACAAACUUUUUAUUGUUGUAUACGUAAUGUGUGUAUUAAAGGCAACCCGAGUAAAUUGAAUUAAUAUUACACCAUAAAUUUCAACCCCAAUACAAAUCCAUGACCUAAGUUCUACUGCUCUCGUUGGACUCUUUUUCUCCAUAUUUCACUGGCUAGCUUGAUGUUGUCUCUAAUUCUCUUUUCAUAAAGUCCUAGACUCCUCCUAGCAUGAUUUGCUUCCAUCUUUUUUAAAGAAAAGAAGAAAAAGAUGAGUCUUUCCACAGAAGGGUCAAGAAAGGUGACAUGGCAGCCUGGAGGGAUGGUGGAAGAUACAACCAUCUCAAGUUACUGGAUGAACUGGAGGGUGGGUUUAUGCUUCCUUUGGAUUUUCAUAGCAAUGGUUUUAUCAGGUGUGAUUAUAUUUAAGUAUGAAGGCAGAAAAGGUGGUAGUGGUAGAAAGAACAGAGGAGGAAGCAGAGAGCAGGAAGAGGGGUUCUCCUCUGAAGCUGGUGGGCCUGCAGUUUUGUAUGAAGAUGAAGUGUGGAAGACAUGCCUGAAGAAUGUUCAUCCUGCAUGGCUGCUUGGAUACAGAAUUGUUGCUUUUGUUGUUCUUCUCUCAAUGCUCAUUCUUAAUGCUAAAUCUGAUGGUUCUUCCAUUUUCUACUUUUAUACUCAGUGGACGUUCACAUUAGUUACCAUAUACUUUGGGCUUGGGUCAAUGCUAUCGAUGUAUGGGUGCUACCAAUACCAUAAUAACAGAAUCAGCAGUGAAACAGAUCAUAAUCCCAGGUCUGAUGAUGCAGAGUUUGGAUCGGCCGAUCUAUUUUCCCAUCCUGCAAAUGCAAAACAGUCCCCAGCACAUGAAGAACCAAACAGAAAAGUUGCAAACUUAUUGUGCUAUAUUUUUCAAAUAAUUUUCCAGGUGAAUGCCGGAGCAGCAACUCUUACAGAUUGUGUCUAUUGGUUUGUGCUUGUACCAUGUUUGACCAUCAAAGGCUAUAAUUUGAAUUCUUUGAUGAUAGGCAUGCAUUUGGUAAAUGUGAUUGUCCUGCUUAUAGAGGCUGCGCUGAACUGUUUGCGCUUCCCUUGGUUUAGAAUUGGAUAUUUAAUUCUGUGGACAUCUAUUUAUGUCAUUUUCCAAUGGGCUCUCCAUGCUUGCAACCAAAUUUGGUGGCCAUACCCUUUCCUUAAACUGUCUUCUCCCUUUGCUCCUUUAUGGUAUUUAUCGCUGGGGUUAAUGCACAUACCAUGCUAUGGCAUGUUUGUUAUGGUAAUGAAGUUCAAACACCAUUAUCUGUCCAAAAGGUUUCCUCUGUCUUAUCAGUGUGCAAGAUGAUAGAAGGAUCGAAGGGUCGAGGUUUACUCCAUGGCCAACGGCGAGUUGCCAAACAGAACUUUAAUUUAGUUAGAUAUCUUCACAAGGGAGCUGAAGUUAAGAGAAAUACGUUCAACUCCUUUGUAUAUUUUGAUUUUGAGAUUCGGGGGAGUGGGAGUGGGGCAUUUGACAAGAAGGAAAAACAAAUGGAAAAGGGAUUUAAUUUGUAGUACUAAUAGUGAUGUAUUUAUUACACAUUUACACCUCAUAAGGAAUGGGGAUAGUGAGGUUUGUUAGUAGGAAUAUAUAUACACAGUCCUGAAUCGUUGAUUACUUUGGUGGUACACAAUAUUGGAUUUAAUGAAUCACACUUCC